AUGCAAGGGACUAUCUAUAAUUGUUCUUCAAAUUCUCCUAUUUUAAUUCAAUGGGAUCAAAUAAUAACAAUGAUAUUAAGUGAAAUUUCUAUUUCAGCAAAAAUGUUAUCAUAUGAUGUUUAUGAAUUGAAAUUAACAGUAAUUAUAAUUGCUUCAUCGAAUUUCACUUCAUCAUCUUCAGUUCGUGUCACAAUUGCUCUAUUACAAAUUGUAAUUGAUAACAUGGAUUAUCAAUUGAUUAAUUCAACAACACAAGUUGUACUCUAUUAUUUUUGUCUCGGCAAUUAUUCAUCAGAUAAAACCAUCAAAUGGAAUAUUGAUGAAGAUUCACAUAAGUUAUCAACAAAAAUAUUACUUUUUGGACUUCAUUUAAUCAAGUGA